CUUUUGCUUCUUUCUCUCUUCCGUGUGUGGUGGGCGUGAGGGUUUGUGUUUGGGGCGCGAAGCUUUCGUGAUCUAGGUUAGCGCCACCGCGGCGGCUGGAGAUCUGAAGCUCCUCUUCCUCGAUCUGCGAGAAUAAGGAUUUCGGGGGAUCAGCUGCUCUAGCAAUCGUCUUCCGUGAUGGCUAAUGCGGCGUCCGGUAUCGCUGUCCAUGACGACUGUAAGCUCAAGUUCAUGGAGCUCAAGCGAAAGAAGACCCACCGCUAUGUGGUUUUCAAGAUCGACGAGAAAGCCCAGCAAGUAGUGGUGGAGAAACUGGGAGGACCCGAUGAGAGCUACGAGGCUUUCACCGCCUCUCUCCCCGAGAACGAUUGCAGAUAUGCCGUCUACGAUUUUGAUUUCGUCACCGACGACAAUUGCCCCAAGAGCAAGAUCUUCUUCAUCUCCUGGUCUCCGGACACCUCUCGAGUGAAAUCCAAGAUGAUUUACGCGAGCUCCAAGGACAGGUUCCGCCGAGAAUUGGAUGGAGUUCAUCUGGAGCUGCAGGCCACAGAUCCAACCGAGGUCGAUUACGAUUGCGUCUUGGACAAAGCCAAAACCAACGCUGGACGCUGAAAAACACGAAAAACAAGAAGAAAAAAAAAGUUCCUCGGAGAUGGCACAGAGUGACCACUUUUGAAAGGGGCCUAAGAAAACAACACGAAUCAAGGCAAGCUUGCCAGUGGGGGGUGGUAUUUGUUAUUCUGUACAUGGUGGUUCUCUUUUCUUUCCUUCCAUUAGCUUUCGUUUAAUUUGAUUAAAUGACAAGAGUUUUUGGAUAA